AUGCAUCGCGUCGACGGGAGUAGUGCAAAAUGGAUGUUGUGUAACGGUUUGGUGAUGCUACUACCUCAUGGAUAUGAUGGUGCUGCUUCCGAACACAGCUCGUGUCGCCUGGAGCGCUUUCUGCAAUUGACGGAUUCUCGAGAAACGAGUCCGGAUAGCGACAGAGUGAAUUUUCAAAUCAUUAAUCCUUCUACACCGGCGCAAUACUUCCACGCUUUAAGGCGGCAAAUGAUACGCAAUUUUCGUAAGCCACUCUUAGUGGUUGCUCCUAAGACGUUGCUGCGCCUAUCUGAAUGCGUUUCCCCGUACGCCGAUUUUGAACCAGGAAGCUUCUUCAAAACAGUCCUUUCUGAUCCAGAAGUGGGUGUACGAAUAGAUGCCAAACGCGUUACACGCGUGGUAUUUUGCAGCGGCAAACACUUUUACACAUUGCAGGAAGAAAGAAAAAAUCUACAAAUUGACAACAUUGCUCUAGUGCGAAUAGAGUCUCUUUGUCCUUUUCCAGUGAAAGAAAUACGAGAUGUGCUAACGAAAUUUUCAAACGCAAAAGAAUUCAUCUGGAGUCAAGAGGAGCACCGAAACAUGGGAGCCUGGUCAUUCUUCAAACCCCGCUUUGAGAAUAUGUGUGAGAGAAAGAUUAAAUACCGUGGUCGUCAAGAAGCAGCGACAGUCGCAGUAGGUGUAAGUAAGUGGCAUGUUCAAGAAAUAGAAGCUAUUGUUAAAUCUACAUUGCUUUGA